GUUGUACUCAGUCAUAAUUGUUGCAGCCAUGCUUGGGGAAGCUUUCCUCCACAUUAUGAAGCACAGGAAGGAGCAUGCAUGCCUUGCAGAACGGAGCGCACCCUCACACACCCUCUCCCAUGCUAUAGCUCCUCCUGAACUCCUCAUGCCCUCCCUGAGCUACAGGUCAUCCCUGACACCACAGACACAGCAAGUGGAGAAUUCUGCUAAAGCCUGUUGGGCCGAAGGCCCGGAGAAGCCUGGGCCUUGCCUUACCUCUGCACACAGCAAGGCUCUCACCAUCCCCAGCUACAGCACAGAGGAUCACCUGGGGAUGCAGCUCUAUCACUCCUGGUGUCCCAGCUUCUGUAAGGCCUACCCGGACCUGCAGCUGGCUGGGGGCACCCUGGGGCCACACCCCACCCUCUCCCCACUGUCCCAGAAUCCCUUUCUGCAGUCCCAGGACCUCGGCUCCCUGGAGGCCUUGGAGGAGCUUGGGCAGCAAGUGGAGGUUCAGCCUGAGCCUGAUGAAGGUUACCUGGUGAUCGAGAGCAUGCAGAACCCCGGGAGUGACCAGAGGCUGACCAACUCGAUGCUCAAUGGCUACCUGGAAACGCAGCUGAUGGAGGUGUACCGGCAGCACAUGCAGGACAGUCUUGCACGCUACUCCACCUCUCUCACCAGUAGCGUAAUGCCCACGCUGGUCCCCACCAACCACAGCAUGUGUGACGGACAGGCUGGAGGCCAGGGGGAGGGGCUGGACACAGGCCCUGCCCACAACAGUGUGCGAUAUCUGAGCACUUGCUCAGCUCCACCCACGUCUCACUUCAGCUCACCAGUGCUGCGGAUUUCAUACCCGCAAGAACCAAAUGCCUAAAACACACACACACGCACACACACACACACACACACACACACACACACACACACACACACACACACACACAAAGCCUGCAUUAGAGUACUGCAAGUCCUAAACCUCCAUCCCAGAACACUGUUGCUGUGGAAAGCAUUCUUUCUACCCAUGCCUGUGGUAAUAAAAGACUGGUGUGUCACAGAAAGAGGAAGAAGUUUGAUGGAAGCAUGACCACACCACUUCCUUCAGAACAAAUGAAGAGUAGCUGACCUGUACAAGUUUUUUCUAAACAAAUAUCUUUUUCUUUUUUUUAAA